AUGGGUUCGGAGUGGGGUCUCAGUGCUGCUUCUGGUUUGGUGGCACCAUUGUUGGUAGACUAUUUAGUGAAGCCAAUCGAAGGUCGUAUUCGUUACUUAUUUCGUUUUCGUAAGAUUGUUCAAGAGCUGCACCAAAACCAACAAGAUUUGGCUGCAAAAGAAACUCUAGUGAAAGAAGACGUUGAAGAGGCUAAAUUGCAGAUUCGAACUCAAGUGAUCUACGACCAAGUAGAUGAAUGGCUGACGAAGGCAGAAAAUGCCCUAAAGGAUGUAAAAGUUUUGGACUCUAAAAUUGAAGAAAAUAAGAGAUGCUUCCGUCUGUGUCCUAAUUGGUGUUGGCGAUACCAAUUAAGUCAGGAGAUUGAGAAUAAAGCAUUGGAAAUAGCUGAUCUCGUAAAAAAAUCUGAAUUUAAACGAGUCGGCCAUCGUGCCAAGCUUCCUAACUUAGAUUUGGUCACAUCUAAGGAUCAUGUGGAUUUAAAAUCUUCAGAUGCUGCUUUCAAUAAGAUCAUGGAGGCAUUGAAGGAUGAUAAAGUAAGAAAAAUAGGGGUAUGGGGGAUGGGAGGGGUGGGCAAAACCACCUUAGUUAGAAACGUGGGUGGUGAAGUCAACGGAUUUGAUCGAGUUAUAAUGGUCACUGUGUCCGAAACUUUAGACAUUGAAAAAAUACAAAACAAAAUUGCAGAUGACAUAGACUUGAAAUUUGGGAAGAACACUGAAGGCGGCAAAGCAACAGAGUUAUGGAGUAGAUUGAGUAAUGGAAAGUUUCUCGUAAUCCUCGAUGAUCUAUGGAAGGAGUGGAAUGAUGAUGGGGAUUUGAGAAAGAUAGGUCUCAAGAAAGCUGAUUCGCGUGUUAUUGGGGAGGCUAAGAAAAUUGCAAAAGAAUGCAAGGGCUUACCUUUAGCCAUUGUAACACUAGCAAAGGCUUUAAAAGGUAAAGCUCUUGAUAGGUGGAAAGAUGCACGAAAAAAACUUGAAAGAAGUGGAUUAAUGGAGAUUCCAAGCAUUCAAACAGAGAGAGAGAAAAAUGCCUACAUUUCUCUUAAGAUCAGUUAUGAACAUUUGAAGGACAAGAUGUCCCAAACAUGUUUCUUACUGUGUGCAUUAUAUCCUGAAGAUGACUCAAUUAAUGUGGAAGACUUGGUGCAAUAUGCUUGGGGUUUGAACUUAUAUGAUAAGGCUAACUCUAUUGAAGAAAUGAGAAUUCAAGUCUUGGAAGUCAUCGAUUACCUCAAAGAUUCUUGCUUGUUAGAAGAUGGAGAUGUUGGAAGGAGUUAUAAGGAGAGAAAGAACACCGGUUGUGCUUUCGCUUUGUUUCAGGUUGUUCGGUUUCUUCCCAACAAACUGAAAAUGAUGGCGCUGAAAUAUAAAGAAGGAAUGUCUAUAGUGACCAUGUUAGUGAAUUUGAGUGUGAUGAAUCGGUUGCUUGGUAUGGGUGUCAAAUUUGAUGACGAGAUUUUAGGACUUUGGUUGCUUGCUACUCUACCGGACUCUUGGGAGACCUUUCGAGUCUCACUCAUUAAUUCGCUUACGGGUAUUAUUACUUUGGAUUUGGCUAAGAGUGGUGUGUUGAAUGAAGAGGUAAGAAGAAGAUCUCAGGGUUCUACAUCACGGUCCGAGGUGUUGGUUAUCGAGAAUAGGGGAGAAAGCAGAGACAAAGAUGGAAAGGGUAGAGAUAAAAGCGAAGCAAGUCAAGAUCGAGAUACAAGAAUCUUGAGUGUCAUCAUUGUGGUAAGAAAGGUCAUAUCAAGAAAUAUUGCUUCAAGUGGAAGAAAGAGAACAAAGGUGGUGGUGAUAAACACGAUCGGAAUGACGAUGAAAAAUCCGAGCGUGUUGCUCUUUUACUCGUGA